UCUAACUCUAGAAGUACUUCUCAAUAACCGAGCAGCUCGGCAGCAGAACAACAUCAGCUGUGUCUGACAAGAGAAACAGUGCACAAACAAUGGCUGCCUGCAUUUUCUGUGUGGUUUUCAUUUUACUGACAGGACAUACCAAAUUUACAGCUGCUCAGUCAUCUACUACUGCUGGUUCUGGAAACAGUAAUGCAACAACAAUCAUUAGUGCGUCAUCUGUCAACAAUACUUCAGUGAAUAACACUAUACUUGCUGUUACAACUUCCUCAAGCAACAGCACUGGAGCAAACAACAGCUCUUCACCAACUGGUACUGCACCAUUUGUUACUUAUGUCUCGUACAACACUACGUUGUUCAACAGCAGUAGUACAGGGUCAGCAAACACUACGGCUUCCAAUACCACCACUACCACCAUCACCACCGUCACCACCACUAAACCUCCUAAAAUGACCACUUCAGCUGCGUCAUUCCAUGGAAUUAGCCACAUUUUUCUUCUCUUUCAUGGAGCAAUAAUCCUUUCCAGCAUCAUCCAAUUAGUGUAGCUGGAAAGAUAAGUAUGAUUAUUCCAUUACAAACUAACAUGACAAUUCUAUGCACUGAAAUGAAGGCGUCGCAUAUCUUACUAACUAUCCAGUAUGUUAUAUUAUUGAAGGGCUAUCUAUAGCAGACAUUUUGGAAAUGCAUUUUUGGAAAAUGUAUCCCCUAUAUACUCAUUUCUGAACACUUUUGUAACACAUGGUAUUUCAAAUAAUAUUCCAUGUUUCCUUUGAAGAUUUAUGUCUUGGCACCUUAUUAAUGCUUCUAGGAAAGAGAAGACAAUUCUCCACAUACUGUAUCAUAAAGGUAUCCGACAUCAAUGUUAAUCAUCAAGUAAUGGAAAAAAUGUGAUGUCAAUUAAUGAAAAUACCUUAUAUAUUCCUUAUGUACAUAUAUGUAUAUAGUUAAAUAAUAUGUAAAAAUGUACUAUAUAUUUUAACAAGUAAUACAGGAAAAUUGCAAACCAUUUAUUUAGUUAUUUUUUGCUUUUCUUAGUUUUAUAAUGUAUGAUUACAAAUGAUGACUGUGAAAAGUUAAUAGUCAGGUAUAGACAAAAUGUAUUUCUUGCAUUAUUAAAAUUCGGAACAUUUAAAACACUUGGGUAAGGGAUUACAUUUUUCUUUAUGAUAUAAAUUUAUGUAACUGAGAAGUAGGUAAACUACUUUAAUGUCUUUUUGGCUCCGAAAGGGACACAUUGAAUAUUAACAAAUUUAACAGAUUUUUGGAACUUACACUGGACCAUUCACAAUUUUCUGUUAUGUAAUUUCAGGUUCUAAACUCCUUUUUAGUUUGUAUCUAAAAAGAUAUCAAAUUGCAGUUCACAUAUAUAAAUGGUAAGGAUGAGUGUAUUGAAGUUCUUCUAAAUGCAUUUUGUGAUGCUGAGAAACGUUUUAUAUAAUUGACUUUCUCAGAGUAUAUAAGCCUCACUGAAGCAUUAUUUAUACUGAAUCAUCUGGAUGCCAUAACAGAUUUGGACUAUGUUAAGCUGAAGUAAAACUAGUGACUUUGAAUGCUGAAAGUCAGUUUUUACCAAGCAUGAGAGACGACCAGUGCUGUGAUGAUUCUGCACCUAGCAUUACAAGAAGAUUUUGUUAUCAAUCAUUCUAAAUGAGUAUUCUUGUGCUAGUUAUUAUGCGUGCAGAAAAUGAAGACAGUCUGUAUUGUCAGAAGUAGUAUUUAUACGGAGUAAGGUAUGAAAAGAUCUUAUGAGGUGAACAAAACCAAGCUCUACAUUAACUUACUUGUUUUUCAUAAAGCUGCACCUUUUAAUUUAUUUUUUAAGCUUCCUUUUCAUAAACCAUUAAUGUGUUUUGUUUGCCGCUAUGUCUCUACGCAAUGUUUCAGCACUGGAUCAAAAUUUUCAUACUAAUAUCCACUGUAUACAAAGUUGUAGCAUUUAAACAGAUAUAAAUCAUCAAUGAACAUGUCAUGAUGUUCUAAGUUUUAAGAGUGGAAAGCACAUAAUACAGAGAGAGUUUUUAAUAGCUAUUUUAAAAUAUUCUAGAUUUUGUCAAACAUUAGAAAAGUGGCAUCAUUUUAAGCAUGUUUGAAGCCAUGACUUUUUAUUCUAUUUCCCUUAAGACCCUUUGACAAAGCCUUUGAGCCUCCAUGGGCCUAUUUUCUACCACACUACCAGUUCUUCAUUCAUUGUUCCUGAUGUUGGACCUGUAGGCAUCAAAAAUCAUUAUUUGCAAACAUAUGACAUCUUUGUACCCAUGUAACGUGUAUCUUAUUACCUACAUGUCUGCAAUGAGCCAGAGAAACUUCAGCAAAAAUACAUCUCUCCUUAAAUCUUCUCAAAAUUUUGUAAAACAAGCAAGCUAGCCACUACCAUCUCUCUAAACAUGAUGCUUAGAUAACUGAGUUGCUGAACAAAUUCAAAUCCCAAGAAACACUGUCAGUUUUCUUAACUGUAGCAUGUUGGGUGUAUCCUAAUAUUUGGACAAAAAAUUAAAAUCAAUCAUAAAAAACAUAUUUGUAAAAAAAUGCAGUGUUUGGGUAUACUGCAACCUAAUAUUUUGAUCUGUUUACAGAUGUUUAGAUUGCUUUACAUAACUUUUUUUUUAAUUUUUCAUUUUCUGCUGUAUCAUACAGCAGUUGCUCAUUUUUACAGUCCUACUGCAUCUCCCUAAAAAUGUACCAUCUUAUACCUCAGAACUGGCAAAUGCCAUGCUAAUAGGGCACAGACAAGGUGACAUGGAAAACUAUGAGGCCAAGAUGAGAUACAGUUGUGCUGGUACAGCAUUGUCCAUGAAGUUAAGGUAUCUGUAGAUGUGUACAAUCCUGAUAUACAGCUAUUUCAGUGAAGCAGUCUGAUAUUUCAAUCAGCAGCAUGGUCUUACUCCAAUAUGGAUAGCCAUAUGAGUCAUCUCCUGAUGAAUGGCCUCCUGUAUCUCUUCUCAAAAGGGUUUUGCAAAGCUUAUUAAAUCCACAUCUCAGAAAAAAAGAGAUCUACUUAAGUUACACAAUGCUAUGUCGUUUCACCUGCUGACCCUCCUGUUCUCAAAAUGUUAGCAAAAGCUGUAUUUAAUAUGCAGCUGAAUACGAGCACUUUACCAGUAAGCCAUCAUCCUUUGUUUUACAUAAUGUAUAAGUGAUCUUUUGUUUUCCAGCAUCCAAACAAAGGUCUUUCACUGGCUGAGGUUUCAAUUCAAUCUCAUUUAGUUGGCCAAAAAAAUAACUUAAGUAUUUUGAAAAUUGAGCUGCAAAUGUUCUGAUCAUGUUCAGUUACAAAAAUGCAAAAGUAUACGAUAAUUACAAAUGGAUAGUGUCUUGUGUUAUAUCCACUGCUUCAUGAACAUUAUCAAAAAUGUCAGACAGCUUAAAAAAUUUAUUGUAAAAUGAGACGGCUAGUAGGUUUGGCAGAUUAAAUGUAUUGCAAAAUGACAUGGCUAGUAGGUUGGACAGAUAAGGGACAUGUUGUUAAUAAAAAAUAAUAUCAAAGUAAUUAGAAUAAUGCUUUGAUAACAAAAAUUACACCAGAACAGAUAAUUAAUUGAUUUUAAGAACUAAAUUAAAUGCACUCUACAAUCAUCUGUGUACCUGAUACAAUGUGGGAGGUAUUGUGAAAGACAGAUAACAAUACUUGUUCAGUAUCUUCUUAAUGUGUAAAUGUAAUAAAAAUGAAGGAAAUUUUAAAUAAAAAAAUGUAAUAAAGUUUGUGAAUAAGUGAAAUGACUGUCGGAAUACACCUCUGUCUCAUACACGUUAUUAUUAUGAACAGUGUACCAGAACUUGUUGAAAUAAAUGCUUUUGAAGAAAA